AUGCAGUUAAUGGGGUUUCCAGAAGGUGAAUUGCCUGGGAGAUAUUUGGGUGUUCCUCUCAUUAUCACUAAAUUGAAGGCUGGGGAUUGUCAGCCGCUGGUUGAGAAGAUUACUGCCAAGGGGAAUGCUUGUGACCCGUCUGUUUGUGAGGUAUGUGUGGAGGGUGUGAUGCUCUG